AUGUGUAUGCAAUGUAAUCCAAACGAUCUGCAGCCGUAUCAAUUGGAUAACGAAACUGCCGAGAAGUGCCGUCAGGGAACCAUUCACCCAACGCAAUGCGCAGAUCCAUCAGCAACACACUGUAUACUCAGCUAUUUCUCAAGAGAUUCUAAAAAAACAAUUCGAGAACGACGUUGCGGAAGAUUGAGCGACAUCAGCGGUUGUUCAACGUACUACAACUAUAUUCGAAAGACCCGACAUCUGAUUGGAGCUGAACGAGCAAAGGAACGUGUACUCGGUGAUUCUCCGAUGCUCGAAGUCUGUGUAGUUGGCUGUGAGGGUGAUAACUGUACAGUCAAUGCAGCACCAUUAAGAAAAUUAUCUUCUAUUGCAGCUAUUGUCUGGACUUUAUCGGUCUUUUAUACAAUUAUAUUCAGAGUUGUUUCCUAG